AUGCUCACUCAGAUACAAGAGCUGAGAUCGACGAGUUCUGUCCUCUUCGCGUGUCUUCAUCGGUUCAGUCAAAGUAGCCAGGAUGAGAUCGAUGAAGAAUUGAUAAAUGAUUUGAUUGGAUGGACUUUCGAUAUUGUAAGUGCUCCUCUUUAUCACCUUGAUCCCUACCACUCACCUCAAUGCCAUAUCCCCCCUGGCCUCACCCUGCUUAUCCUUCUUUUGCCUGGCCACCAGACCGGUCGUCUUGUGCGCCAAUGUCGCCUGGAGGACCAUCUCUAUGUUGCCAUGCAGUUGCUACGACUGCCCUUCAGUCUGAAGUACUCCACUCUGCACCCAGCCCUCGCCGGCCUCUUGCAGCCGCCUGCUCUUGACAUCGCCUGGGCACGCGCCAAUUCACAGCCCGCGGCCUUCAUUGAGGAGCCGGAAGUGGAGUUACGGGCCAGCCUGGUGGCUCUGUGUCUUCGGACACCCGUCUGGUAA